CGUUAGAAAAGUUAUGAAAUAUUUAGUUAAAAGAAGGCUAUAAGAUUCUUAUACCCUUCUAAGGGAUGGUUUAUUACUUUUUUCAUGAUCAAAUGUAUUUCCGUGCUCGUCGAAAUGGUUCCUCUCGAGUUAAAACGCUUUCGGUUCAAUCGAUUUCUUUUGCUCGCAAUUGGUUUAUGGCCUUAUCAGAAACCGAAGUUUGCUCAAUUUCAAUUUCUAGUACUUUUUAGCAUUCUAAUAACUUUUAUUAUAUUUCAGUUUACAACAUUUCUGACCUCAGACUGUACUAUUGAUUUCAUCAUCAAGAUUUUAUCUUAUGCAUUUUUCUUCAUUGUGUUGGCAAUUCAUUACAAUUCGUUCUGGAUUAAUGCUGAGACUGUGAAAUUAUCAUUGGAGCAACUUCAACAUACUUACACUGAAUUAAAAAACAAAAAUGAAAUUGCUAUCCUACAAAAUUAUAGCAAUAAAGGACAACUAUACACAGUUAUACUCAUGAUAAUUAGUGUGACCGGCACAGUUGUUUUCAUUAUUCUGCAAAUGUGGCCUCUUGUUGUCGGUGUAAUUCUAUCUAUGAAUAAUUCUCGACUAUAUCCAAGGAUUUACAUAAAAACAGAAUAUUUUGUUAAUCAAGAAAACUAUUGCUAUCUUAUUUUUUUGCAUUCAAACGUAGCCAUAUGCAUAGGAGUAACUGCACUCAUAGCAACAGGAACGAUGAUGCUAAUGUACAUUAAACAUAUUUGCGGAAUGCUUAGUAUUGCCAGUUUCCGUUUUGAAAAAGCAAUGAUGACAAGUAUACUUCAAAAUAUUACUCAAGAGAAGGAAAUUUUAAUUUAUAAAGGAAUAAUUUAUGCGAUAGACAUUCAUCGAAAAGCAACACAAUUUUCUCAAUAUUUCGUAAAGAGUUUUGAGGGAUCGUUCUUCCUUAUAAUAGCGACUGGCAUGGUUUCCUUCACUUGCUCUCUUGUUGAAAUUGUGUCUGUGAAUAAUAUAGAAGGAAUAAUGCCAUUUAGUAUAAUAGUAUUUUCUUUGUACACAUACAUGGUUAUUGGUAACUACACUGCUCAAGAAGUUACGGAUCACAAUAACCGCGUGUUUGCUACUGUAUAUAAUGUUCAAUGGUACAUAGCACCUUUACGUAUACAGAAAAUGCUCUUAUUUCUAUUGAAAAGAGGUAAUAAAACUUUUAAUCUGAAUCUUGGUGGAUUGUUUGUGGGAUCCUUAGAAAGUAUUGCUAUGCUAACAAGUGCUUCGAUAACUUAUUUUACCGUUUUGUAUUCAUUACGGUAAAAUUAACAUAAUAUUGGCUUAAUAAAGCCAUAUUUAAAUCGUUUAAUUGGAAUUAUUUGAAGCGUCUAUGCGUUAGAAAUACUUAGAUAUCACAACUAUAGUAAAUAAAAAAAUUUUGAUCGAUUAUGGAAACGUUAUUAACAAUAUUGUAUGUAAGAUAUGUAAUAUUUUUUAAAUUUGUAUUUUACUAGUAGAACAAAACAUGAUUUCAAAAAAUUAUGAUAAUAAAAAUUCAUAAUAAGAUUUAUAUAAUAAAUUUUUUUUAAAUAAUAAUCAAAAUAACUCUAUAAUAUAUUUUUAUAAAAAUUAUAGAAUUACUUUAAUUUUUAUUAAAAACUCGAGUAUAUAUACCUCCAAGUUAUAAUUUAAGUUAAAAAAAAAAAAUCAAAUAAAAUAGUAACACAAUUCAUAUUUUAAUCUCAAAACAAAUUUGGCAAUGUUAAAUAAAAAUUGUCUAGGAGCAAACAUUAAUUAUUCUGUAAAAACAACUUGACAAAGAAAUAAAAACGUUAGAAUUUAAGAAAUAAAA